AGCCAUUUUGUCUAAGGCUGGCUGCAACUUUCCCAGAGAGCAAGGACGAUUCUAAGCACCGCACGAAGCUGCUUCUUUUUCUUCUUCCUGCUGCAUGCGAGGUUGAGUCGUAGGGAGUUCGCUCGCUCGCUCGCUCGCUCGCCUUUGCGCUCAGAGAUAGCGGGAGAUGUAGCCGGACGAAGCUGCGUUUGCUUGCCAGGCAAGGGGGGAGGGCAAGGGAGGACAAUUAAAGAGCUUUGCAGACACAGAAAGGAGAAGAGCUGGCGACAGAGCGUGUCGUGGACGCAGGGAUUGUCCUCAAAUUCUUUCGCCAGGAUUCCUCGCUGGGCAGCGGGAGCUGCACUUGGUGCCUCCGGCUGGAGCACCCACCAGGAGUGCGUGUACCGGGGCGAAAGGAGACUAAGGCUGCCCUGGGUUCCUUAGGCUGCAGUGCACCGGGAUCCUUUGGGUUGCAGCUGCGGAGAUGCACCGAGAGUGAUCUUUUUUGCGGCUGGUACCACGUUAAGAAUUGAGGCUAAGCCCUAAGUCCUUCUUUACCCCCUUUCCUCCCCCCUCCGGUCUGUCUGCCUGCCUGCCUGUCUAUCUUCAUAACAUAAUAUUUUUUAAAGAAUUGGGCCACUUAAAGUUGCUGCUGGAAAGCCGCCCUCAUUACUUGUCUGUGUGUCUGUCUCUGUAUAUGUGUGUGUGGGAACUGAAGAAGAGGCGACUCAUACAAUCAAUGUGUGCAGCCUUCGCCGCUGCUCGAGUUGUCUGCUGCAGCACUUGAAACGUGACUUCCAACAUUACAAAAAAAAAAUCCCCUUUUAAUCCUUUCCCCCACCUUUUUCAAGAUGUAAACUACAUCUCGGACACUACAGGCCUACAGAUCGCUUUGGUGGCUUGAGAAAGAGAAAAGGGGGACAACAAGGGUGUCUUUUUGUGUAUAGGGUGUAAAAUUUCCAUUAUGAAUGUUUCUCUAAAGUGAUUUUUUUGGUGGUUUGCUUUGGAUUUGGCUUUUUUCUUCUGUUUGACCUCGCAACCCAACAUAUUUUGGAUUUAUUGCACGGAGAAUUGCAUUGUGUGCGAAGAAAAUCGGAUUACAAGAAACCACUAUAAACAAGAAACAAACAAACAAAAAAAGGAUUCCCCCCUCGAAAUUGGUUGCGGCUUUUAAUUCAUGAAGCAUUUGCCCCCAUUUGCAAUCAGAAUCCGGAUAUCAGAAUGAGCAAAGAAAGACCCAAGAGGAAUAUAAUUCAAAAGAAAUAUGACGAUAGUGAUGGAAUUCCUUGGUCAGAGGAGAGGGUGGUACGAAAAGUCCUUUAUUUAUCCCUAAAGGAAUUCAAGAAUGCACAGAAGAGGCAGCAUGAUGGCAUUAAUGGGAGUCUCAAAGGGGUAAAUGGACUCCUUAGUAAUGGCCCGUCUAAAGGAUUAAGACCAGGGUCUGAACAGCUAGAGAAUGAGAAGGAUGAUGCAUCGCAAGUGUCCUCAACUUCCAAUGAUAUUAGUUCUUCAGAUUUUGAAGAAGGGCCCUCAAGGAAAAGGCCAAGGCUGCAAGCACAAAGAAAGUUUGCUCAGUCUCAGCCAAACAGUCCCAGCACAACUCCAGUAAAGAUAGUGGAGCCAUUAUUGCCCCCUCCAGCUACACAGAUCUCUGACCUCUCCAAAAGGAAGCCCAAGACAGAAGAUUUCCUUACAUUUCUCUGCCUUCGAGGUUCUCCUGCCCUGCCCAGUAGUAUGGUAUACUUUGGAAGUUCUCAGGAUGAGGAAGAAGAGGAGGAAGAUGAUGAAGAAACUGAGGACGCAAAAGUGACCACAAAUAAUGCUUCAUCUUCAUGCCAGUCUACUCCUAGGAAAGGGAAAACACAGAAGCAAGUUCCUAAUGGACAUGUCUUCAAUGGAUCCAGCAAAUCAGUGAAAGAGAGGGAACCUGUUCAGAAACACAAAGUCAAAGAGACAGUGCCAGCAAAGGAACGAAAUAGUGAACACAGGUCUGAGAGUCGAAAAGACCAGGCUGCUGCUAAUCACCAUUCUUCAACAAACACGGGCUUCUCCACAAAAGGGCUCACUGCUAACAACCACCACACCCUUCAUCAAUCGGCUCAGGAUUUAAGGAAACAGGUUUCAAAGGUCAAUGGUAUCACUCGAAUGUCAACUCUGAGUGCAAAUACAGCCAGUGCCAAAAAGAUGAGAGAAGUCAGACCUUCACCGUCCAAAACUGUGAAGUACACUGCAACAGUGACUAAGGGAACUGUCACAUACACCAAAGCCAAGAAAGAACUGGUCAAGGAAACCAAACUAAAUCACCACAAACUCAGUACACCUGUCAACCAUACAAUCUCAGGGAAAAUGGAAAGUAGCAAUGCAAAAACCCGUAAACAGGUGCUAUCCCUUGGAGUGGCCAAGCCCAACAAUACAGCUAUUAACGGUGUCAAGGUCAAUGGCAAGUUGAACCAAAAGACAUGCACUAAGGAGGUAGGGAGGCAGUUGAGGGAAGGGCUGCGCAAUUCAAAAAGGAGGCUGGAAGAAGCAAACCACAUAGACAAAAUACAGUCACCAGUCAAGAAGAUAAAGGGGGCUGCCAACGUGGCUGAAACCCCAAGCAAAAAAGCGCCAUCUGUGGAGAGGCCCUUGCUGAACGGCCAUGUGAAAAAGCCUGGAAGUCAGGAAGUACCACAGAAAAGUCUAGAAAGGAAUAGGCCGAAAAGAGCUGCUGCUGGGAAGAACACGCCGGGGAAACAAGCACAUAGCAAAACGGAAAAUGCCUCCUGUGAACAUUAUUCUACCUCUCAAACGGAGUCCUUGCACAAGCCACAUGACUCAACAGGGAAGCACGAGAAAGGUAGCAUCAAGUCUGGGUGGGCCAUGAUGGAAGAGAUUCCUAUUCUCAGGCCUUCCCCCAAGGAGUUCCAUGACCCGUUGAUAUACAUCGAGUCAGUCCGUGCUCAGGUUGAGAAGUAUGGGAUGUGCAGGGUGAUCCCUCCUCCUGACUGGAGACCCGAGUGCAAGCUGAAUGAAGAGAUGCGGUUUGUGACCCAGAUCCAGCACAUUCACAAACUCAGCAGGCGCUGGGGGCCCAAUGUGCAGCGUCUGGCCUGUAUCAAGAAGCACCUCAAAUCUCAGGGCAUUACUAUGGAUGAGCUUCCACUCAUAGGAGGCUGUGAGCUAGAUUUGGCCUGCUUUUUCCAGCUGAUCAAUGAAAUGGGGGGCAUGCAGCAGGUGACUGACCUCAAGAAAUGGAAUAAGCUGGCAGAUAUGCUGCGUAUCCCCAAAACUGCACAGGACAGGUUAGCAAAGCUGCAGGAAGCCUAUUGCCAGUAUCUACUCUCCUAUGAUUCCCUCUCUGCUGAGGAGCACAAGAGACUGGAAAAAGAAGUCCUCCUUGAAAAGGAGAUUCUAGAAAAGCGGAGGGGUCCUUUGGAAGUACAUUCAGAUAACAACUAUGAAUUCCAGUCUCUGCCCCGCUACGAGCCCAAAAACGGACUCAUCAAUGGCAUUGUUCAUAAAAAUGGCUUCCGGAACAAAGCAAAAGAAAUUGAGGUCCCUCAAAAAACAGGUAGGCGGCGACUCUUCUCUCAGGAAAAGGAGACCACAAAAGAAGAAGAAGAAGAAGAAGAAGAGAUUGGUGUUCUUUGUGACCUCCACAAGUGUAUAUACAAGGGAAGGUCUGUUUCUUUAACAACUUUUUACCGAACAGCAAGAAACGUCAUGAGCAUGUGCUUCAGCAAAGACCCCACAGCAGCAGAAAUAGAGCAAGAAUACUGGAGAUUAGUAGAACAGAAGGACUGCCAUGUAGCAGUACACUGUGGGAAAGUGGACACCAAUACCCAUGGCAGUGGCUUCCCUGUGGGAAAAUCAGAACCCUUUUCAAGGCAUGGGUGGAACCUAACAGUCCUUCCUAAUAACACAGGAUCCAUCCUGCGACAUCUUGGUGCUGUGCCUGGAGUGACAAUUCCUUGGCUAAACAUUGGCAUGGUCUUUUCUACCUCAUGCUGGUCUCGAGACCAAAAUCACCUUCCAUAUAUUGACUACUUACACACUGGUGCUGAUUGCAUUUGGUAUUGCAUUCCUGCUGCAGAGGAGAAAAAACUUGACAAAGUGGUACAUACCCUGUUGCAAGCCAAUGGCACUCCAGGACUGGAAAUGCUUGAAAGUAACGUCAUGAUCUCCCCAGAGGUAUUGUGCAAAGAGGGGAUCAAGGUGCACCGUACUGUACAACAGAGCGGGCAGUUCGUUGUCUGCUUUCCAGGAUCUUUUGUGUCAAAAGUAUGCUGCGGUUACAAUGUCUCUGAAACUGUGCACUUUGCUACCACCCAGUGGACAAGCAUGGGUUUUAAAACUGCCAAGGAAAUGAAGAGGCGACAUAUACCCAAGCCAUUUUCAAUGGAAAAGCUGCUGUAUCAAAUCGCAACAGCCGAAGCCAAGAAAGAAAAUGGGUCUGCUCUGAGUACAAUAUCGGCCCUUCUGAGAGAGCUCAGGGAUACAGAAUUGAGGCAGCGGCAGCAGCUAUAUGAGGCCGGUCUCCAUUCUUCAGCUCGCUAUGGGAGCCAUGACAACAGCAGUUUGGGAGUGGAUGGGAAGAAAAAGCCUCGAAAGUGGCAGUUAGAGACGUCUGAAAGAAGGUGUCAGAUAUGCCAGCAUCUCUGUUACUUAUCCAUGGUUGUACAGGAAAAUGAAAAUGUUGUCUUCUGCCUCGAAUGCGCCUUGCGGCAUGUAGAAAAACAGAAGUCUUGUCGUGGACUGAAACUAAUGUAUCGUUAUGAUGAGGAACAAAUCAUCAGCUUAGUCAAUCAAAUCUGUGGAAAAGUAUCUGGCAAGAACGGCACCAUUGAGAUCUGUAUCAGCAAGCCUACACCAAAAAGAGGGCCUCGCAAGAGAGCAACCCUUGACGUGCCAUCAUCAAGACUUUCAUCCUCCAGUUCAUCCAAAAGUGCUUCAAGCUAAUCAUGAAGAUGCCAACACUCUCUCUCGUUUUGGUCAAUUUUAUAUAUAUUUUUUGUAAUUAUAUCAUAGUUUGGAGUAUUGCUGUAGAUUACAAGCUGUCUUUGCACUAGCUCUACAGAAGAUUUUCUUCUGGUUUUAGAGAACUAAUUUUGAUUUAGCAUUAAACUGUUGAAUUUUAUUUUUAUUUUAUUUUAUACUUAGGAUAGUUCGAUACAGCAGGAUUUUUUUUUAACUGCUGUACACUCACUUUUUUGAUAGCAGCAAGGGACUGAUAAAAUUUGUUUUUUGUCCCGCUGUCUGAAAACAAAAAGGCCUUUUCCUCCCUAGUAAUUGUGAAAAGGCUUUUAAAUCCCCCUUUUUCUUUUAUUUUUCUGGGUAGGUUGAAGUUUGGUGUGUUUUAUAAUUUGUUCUCCAAUCAUGUCAGCAGAUUUUUUUUCUAUAGUGGAAAAAAAAGGGAUAGGAGGCAAAACUUGAAAGAAAUUGCUAUACUUUUGGCUUGUAUUCUGUAACAGGCAGGAUAAGUUUUGUACCUUUUUAAAUUGGAGAAUACACACUUUUCUUUGAGAGGUUAUGGCAGCUGAAGAUGGACUUAGUUUUCUAAUCAUAGGCAAAUGGGAGAUUUGGAGAAAAUGUUCUCUGUUACCAGCACUUCACUAUGCAUCUGUUCGAGGAGGAAAUGAAAGAAAAAGACUGCCUGCCUUGAGGAGGCAUGUGAGCGAAAACUGUGCCUGAUUUCAUUAGGAAAUCCAUUCUGGGUUGUUGUGGUUUUUUUGGUGCUGUUGUCUACUUUAUCAAAAACCCUUCAAUAGCAUCCUUUAAAAAUGAUUGAAGCCAUGCUUCUUGUCAUAGACGUGCAAUCUUUAACAUUCCAUUUUCAUUCCACUGCUGUUUUUACCUUGUCACGGUCAGCAUUAAUUUUGUUUUGUUGUAUGAUCCCAUUUAGAGCCACUAGCACGUUUGCCUAUUUCUUUUGAAUGUGAAAAUGCAUUUGCUCCCAUCUUGUCUAUUUUUUUCCUUUCAUGUUGUAACAGAAAAAGUAUCAUAACUUUUGUACAUAAGCCUGUAAAUUGUUUUAAAUACUUGAGCCUUUUCUUGGGAGGGUGGGGAAGGGUGGCAAAGAGACAAGAUGAAGAAAAGCCUUACGUUUCCCUUUCUUCAUCGGUUGGAUUGGAUGCUUACAGGGUUUUUCUUGUAACAUUUAUAAGUGCUGCUUACAUCACUGAACAACAACAAAAAUAAUAAUGGAGUAGUUGUUGCCCUUUCCUGGUUGUGUGUACAGUAUGUGUGGAAUAAAAAAGGGAAAAUGUUUUCACAAACUCUUGUUUCAUAAUUGAAUUCAACAAAACCGUAGAGCUACCCAUAUUGCACUGAGCUUGCCAGUGGUGAGUGACUGUCAGGAAAGUCUUAUAAAAUACAUAUUGUUGGUUGUUGCAGAAGACUGAAUUGUUUUGGAAUAUUUAACAAUAACACAGAGUCGAGUGUUUCCAAUGUGGUUGUCCGGUUUUUAUGGCCUUGCUGUGUACUUUUUCCUUCUUGACAGUAAACUUCUGACUAUGGCUUACAGUUUGACAUUUAAUUUAUUAGCGCUGCUCUGCUCUCUCCUUGUAAGGAAAGACUUCAUGUUUAUUGCCAGAUUUUGUUUACUUUUCAGGUUUGUAAUACAAGGUUUAAUAAAAACACACUUUUUGGA